AUGGCGACUGCUGCGACUCAGAGUGUGUCGGAGGAGCAUCUGCCCAAAGAUCCCGUUUCGGUGGAGCCUGUUCUUGCGGCUACCCCAAUCGCUAUUGACGAGAAGUCCGCGACUAAUGGCGACUCUACUGCCGACUCUACAACUACACCUGCCGAGCCCGAGGUUCCUCUGACCGCGGCACAAAAGAAGAAGGCCAAGAAGAACAAGAAGAAGCAGCAGAAGAAACAGGAGAGCAUCAGCUCUGUUUCUGCUGAUGUUUCUGAGAAGGAGGCCCCUGUUGAAGCUCGUUCAGCUGAAGAGGAGACUCCAGCUCCAGCAGCUGCCGAAGAGUCCACACCCAAGCCCGUCGCAGAGGAGCCUAAGGCCGCCGAAGAGUCAAAGGUGGAAGAGGUCAUUCCAGAGACCACCGAGGAGAUUCCCACUGAAGAAACCGCCGUCGAGGAGCCCGCCAAGGAGGAAGCCAUUGUGGAGGAAUCCGCCAAGGCAGAGCCUGUCGAAGUGCCUACGGAGGUAUCCGAGGAGAAGCCUACUGUUGAGGAGACUCCUGAGAUCUCCACCGCGAAGGAGUCAGUUGAAGAGUCUACAGCCAAGGAGGUUACCCCCGAAGAAGCUUCCGAAGCCGUUAAGGAGGUGACCGAAGCUCCUGCUGCUGAGGAGAAGGUUGAGACCGCAGAGGUUGAAGAACAUACCCCCGCCGAGACUGCUGUUGAGCAACCCACUGUCGAAGAGACUACUCCCGAGGAAGUCUCUGAGGCCGUCCAGGAGUCGUCCGAAGCCCCCGCCGCGGAGGAGAAGGUUGAGACAACACAGGUUGAGGAGCCUUCUACCGCCGAGACCGUCAAAACAGAGCAGCCUACCACCGAAGAGACUGCCCCCGAGACGAUUAAGGAGGAAGCUCCCGCUGCUGAGAAAAAGACUGAAGCUACGAGGGUGGACGAGCCUGUCACCGUCGAGACAACCGCUGUCGAGCAACCUACUGCUGAAGAGACCGCCCCCGAAGAAGCUUCCGAGGCUGCUCAGGAGUCGAUCGAGACUCCCGCCGCUGAGACCGUCGCUGUUGCAGAGCCUACCGCCAAGGAGACCGCCCCCGAAGAAGUAUCUGAGCCCGCCCAGGAGUCGAUCGAGACUCUCGCCGUUGAGGAGAAGGUUGUUGAAGAGCCUACUCCCGCUGCGACUGCUGCUGUUGAGCCGCCUGCCGCGGAAGAGACUGCCCCGGAGGAGGUGACUGAAGCUGCCGCCGCCGAGGAGAAGGUCGAGACCACAGAGGUUGGAGAGUCUGCUCCCGUCGAGGCCGCUGUUGUCGGGCAACCCACCGCCGAAGAGACUGGCCCUGAGGAAGUUGUUGAGACCGCCAAGGAAUUGACUGAAGCCCCGGUCACAGAGAAGAAGAUCGAGACCGCCGCUGUUGAGCAGCCUACUUCCGAAGAGACUCCCGCCGCCGAGGAGAAGUUUGAGACUGCCCAGGUCCAAGAGCCUACUCCUGCCGAGGCUUCUGUUGUUGAGCAACCUGCUGCGGAAGAGACUACUCCCGCUGUCGAGGAGAAGGUUGUUGAAGAUGAAGAGCCUGCUCCUGCUGAGACUGCCCCCGUGGAAGCCUCUGAGAUCGCCAAGGAAUCGGCCGAAGCUCCUGCCGUCGAGGAGAAGGUGGAAGCAGCCGAGGUUGAGGAGUCUACCCCGGCCGAGACUGUCGUUGAGCAGCCUGCUGCUGAACAGGUUGUGACCGAGGAAGCUCCUAAGGAAUCGACUGAAAUCCCUGCAGCUGAAGAGAAGGUUGAAGAGACCGCUACCGAGGAACAGAUCCCCGAGGCCACUCAGGAGUCAACCGAGACCCCAGUCGUGGAGGAGAAUCCUGAGGCCGAGAGGGUCGAGGAUUCUACUACCACCGAAACCGCCGCCGUGGAGGAGCCCAAAGUCAAGGAGCCAGUCACCGAAGUCGCCUCCGAGGCCGUUCAGGAGCCAACUGAAGUUUCCCAUGCCGAGGAGAAGACCGAGGAGCCUGCUGUCGCUGAGGCAGUUGCUGUUGAGCAGCCCGUGGUCGAGGAUCCCGUCACUGAGCAGGCUGCCCCGGUCGAGGAGCCCAAGGAAGAAUCCAAGGUCGAAGAGCCAGUUGCCGAGCCCUCUUCUACUGAACCCGCCGCUACCGGAGAGUCUGCAUCUAAGACUGAGGAGAUUCCUGCGCCUAACGUCGAGACCAUCGAGCCCGCAGCCACCGAAGAGGCCACCAUCGCCGAGCCAGUCAAGACAGCCGCCUCCGAGGAAGUUCCCGUUGAGGAAGCCAAGGUUGAGGAGCCCGCUCAGGAGGAACCUAAGGUCGAAGAAAAGACCGAAGAGUCCGCCAAGGCCCUCGCCGUUGACGAAGCUGCUGAGAAGCCCGCUGAAGAAGAGGUCGCCCCCGCUGCUGCUGUCGAGCCUGUCGUUGAAACCGCCGCUGUCGACGAGACCCCCGCUGACGAGCCUGCUAAGGAGACUGUCUCUGAAACUCCUGUCGAGACCCCUGUCGAGACUGCCGAGAAGUCUCUCGAGGAGCCGGUGAAGGAGACCGCCCCCGAGCCCACUGAGGAGGUGGCCGAAGUUGAGACUGCUGCUUCCGAACCUGUGGUCGCCGAACCUGUUUCUGCCGAGGAAACCCCUGUUCAGGAGCCCGAAGCCCCCGUCGUUGAGGAGCAGAAGGCCGAAGAACCUGUCGUCGAGGCCCUAGCUACUAGCAAACCUGCUGUUGUGGAUUCCACUCCCAUCGAGGAGGACAACAAGGCUGCUGAGACUGAGACUGUCGAAGCGGCUGAGGAAGCCACCCCUGCUCCUGUUGAAACCACUGAGGUGAAUGUUUCCGAGCCCGUAGAGGAGAAGGUUGCCGAGCCUCUGGCUGAGGAGACUCUUGCGCCCGCAGUCGAAGAAAAGGUUGUCGAGCCUGUCGUGGACAAGGUGGCUGAGCCCAUCGAGCAGACUUCUGAGCCUGUCGUUGAGGAGACUCCCGAACCUGUCGUCGAAGAGAAGGCUGCUGAGCCUGUUGUCGAGGAAAAGGUGGCCGAAGUUGAGAGUACUGCUGCGGAGGAGACCCCUGUUCAGGAGCCGGAAGCCCCUAUUGUCGAGGAGCAGAAGGUCGAAGAACCUAUCGCUGAGGCCGAACCUGUUGUCGAGACUCCUACUCCUAUCGAAUCUGCCGAGGAGAAGGUUGCGGAGCCCAUUGAGCAGCCCGUCCAGGAGGCUAUCGAGCCCACCGCCGAAGAGAAAGUUCCUGAGCCUUCCGAGGAGAAGGUGGUCGAAUCUAUUGAGCAGUCUACUGAGCCUGCCGUUGAGGAGACUUCCGAGCCUGUUGUCGAGGAGUCCAUUGCCGCUCCCGUCGAGGAGGUUCCUGAAGUUGUUGCUGCUGAGGAGUCUUCCCCUGUGGCCAAGGCUAUCGAGACUGAGGAGGUUGCCGCUGAGAUUCCUGCUGCUAAGGACGAGGUCAACGAGGAAGAGAAGGAAGUUGAAGCUGUAUCUGCUGCGGAGCCCGUCGCUGUCGAAGAGCCUGCUUUGACCGAAGCGGAGCCCGAAACUCCUGCUGUUGAGACAGAGCAGACCGCUGUGGUCCUUGAGGAGGCCACUCCUGAACCGGCUGCUGUGGAGAAAUCUAUUCCUGCUGUUGCUACUGCAGGCGUUGCUCUUGCAGGCGUUGCUGUUGCAGGCGCCGCUGUUGCAGAGGAGAUUACUACUGCCCCGGAGGAUACCACUGCACGAGAGUUGGUCGAGCCGGUUGCCGAGCCCGAGGCUCCUACCGCAACCGAGCAUGUCGAGGCUGCCCCGGAACCCCCUGUGGAGGAAUCCGUUCAGGAGACUGCUAAGGAGGCACUCGUUCCCGAGGAGUCUGCCCCUGCUGUUGAUGAGCCCGCCCAGGCUGUUGAUCAGACAUCAACUGAAUCUGCCGAGCCUGUGCCCACUCCCGCUGUGGCAGAGACCGAGACUGCUGCUCAGACUGGGGAGGCCGCCCCGGUCGAGGAGACUGCAAAGGAGUCUGAGCCUGUGAACGAGCAGGAUGAGACUUCUGAGCAGCCUGCUGCAGCUGAGGAGGUUCCCUCUGCUCCUGUUCAUACUGAGGAGCCGGUGGAGGAGACCUCUGCUCCUCAAGAAGAGAAGGCUGAAGAAUCUGCCAAGGAGAGCAUUCUCACUCCUGAGAUUCUCGGCGCCGGUGCUGCUGCCGCUGCCGCUGCAGGCAUUGCUGCUGUUGGCGUGUCAUCUCUACUGCACAAGGAGCCCAAGGAUGAGCCUGUCACCGCCACUACCGAAGUUGCGAUCGAUGACAAGACCGAUAACAAGGCCCCUGCCGCGGAACAACAGACCGAAGACUCCCUCGCAGGCGAUCGUGAAGCCCUACUCCACAAACUCAACCAGCCAUCCACGGACCAGUUGACCACCCUCACUCAACCCACCAACGACGACAAGCAGGCUCGCGUUGAGAUCGAAGCCGAGCCCACCGCCGAGUCUAGUCAGAAGGCUACUGACCAGCUCAGCCCCGAGAAUGCUGCGACCAGCAACUCGAACGAGGAAGAUGCUCGUCCCGUGAGCCAGAACCGGUCAGUGACAGCUGUUUCUCUGAAUAGUGCGUCGGACAACUGGCUCAAGGCGUUCUUGCGCACUGUGUUUGUGGGCUUCUUUGGCACUAUCUUCUCCCCCUUCCGCCGCCGUGGCAAGUCUGCCAAAUAA